AUGCAGUUAUUUCCUGUCUGCGGAAUCCUUCACGUGGUAAACCAUGCAUGGCUCAUUGUACACAUGCAAAACCGAAGGAAUCUGUCUUCAGUUGUGACUCGUGCCUAUGAUCCUGGUUCAAAUGUGUGGAUUGAGUUUAGGUGGCCGUCAACGACCACUUACACAUCCUCACUUCGGUCAUCUCAUUCCACUACACUUUACAUGGUAACGGCUUCCAAAUUCAGUUUCUCGACAGACCCACUUCAUGAAACAUGGCAUGAAGCUGUCGCACCACAGAUUUGGAGGAUCGAUCCAACAGUUGCAAUUGUUGGAUCAUAUGUUAUUGUUGCUGGCGGCGCUUAUGAUUUUGAGGAGGAUCCCCUGCCUGUUGAGCUUUAUGAUAUGGCAUCUCCAUGUUGGGCUGAGUGUCAAGCCUUACAUGUUGUCUUGAGGAAUUCUGCUGCUGCCUCUUGGCUAUCCGUUGAUGUGUUAGACCAAAAAAUGUACAUACUUGAUAAACAAUCUGGUAACUUAUGCUGGUUCGACCCAAAUACAAAGAUAUGGAGCCAUACUUGUGGCACACUAACUCUGCGUCCAGACCCUUCCAUUUAUUUCUCAUUUUUUGCCUUUGCUGGUGAACCUUUGCUUUUAGUUGGGCUAAUGGGUGAUCCAGAGAAUGCUAAAAGCCUAGGAAUUUGGGAAGUGAAUUACGAUGGUUUUGACUGUGAAGAGAUAUGA